AUACUGACAAGAUGGCCGCAAUCGUUCUUCCCGCUGCCAGAAGGCACACUUCCACCGUCAUUGUCAUGCAUGGCCUGGGUGACAGGUCAUUCCUUGCCGAUAUGUGGAAGGGCAAAUUUGAAGAGACCUCUUUCAUCUUCCCCAAUGCACCUGAGAUCCCCAUCUCCGUGAUGUCUUUUGAUGACAUUCAGCAACACGAGGACGAAGCUGGCAUUACUCGCUCACAAGCAUACAUCCACUCCCCUGAUCGCCAAGGGAGAUUGAGAAGGGCAUCCCUUCUGAGCGCAUCGUUCUCGGUGGGUGGUGCUAUGAGUCUCAUGUCAGGCGUCACUGCUCCUUCACGGUUGGGUGGCAUCUUUGGUCUCAGUUGCUACUUGCUGCUUCGUGGCAAGCUUAGAGACAUGAUCCCCAGCGAGAACCCAAACAAGCAAACACCCAUCUUCAUGGGCCAUGGAGAUGCUGAUCCGGUUGUUCGCUACGAAUGGGGCCAGGCUACUGCUAAGACUCUUCAAGAAUGGGGCUGGAACGUCGAUUUCAAGACGUACAAGGGUCUGCCUCACUCGGCAGCUCCACAAGAGAUCAAUGAUCUGGAGCGCUAUAUCAAGGAAAGAGUCCCCGAUCUCGGCGAUAAACCUCUUCCUUCCAAGGCC